AUGACCGAAAAUAUUCUUGAAGCAACAAUUUUGUCGGGAAAAUUUAAAGGAGAUAUCGUCCUGUUGCCACGUAUUCCACUGAUGGCGUCAGAAUCUCCAAUACCGUUUAAAAGGCUCCAAUUUCCGAUUUGUUUAGCUUUUGCGAUGACCAUAAAUAAAUCUCAAGGCCAAACAAUGUCUAUUUGCGGUUUGAAUUUGGAAAACACAUGUUUCUCACAUGGACAGCUAUAUGUUGCCUGCUCACGUGUAGGAAAACCAUCAAAUCUCUUCGUGUUAGCGAAAGACAGGUUAACCAGGAAUGUUGUACACAAAGUAGUACUUAGAUAA